AUGACCAACCGGUCCAAAGACUCUUACCUUUCAUCUGGCAAACAAAAACUAUUAUCAAUGAACUGGAGGCAUGGGCCAUCCCAGGCUCCUCUUAGUAUAGCCCUGAUAACUAAACCUCAACUCCUAGAUAACAAGAACAAGAUGAAACAUUAUUACAAUGCGAUUUUAGGUUUGUACGAUAGAGACCAACCAACCAACGAAGGGCAUUCCUUGAUCGGCUACAAGGAAAAAUGCCACAGUUACAACUUCUUAGUAGAAAAGCAAAAGGAAUUGUGCAGCUUAGAUGAAGAUAUCAUUGAGGUGCUAAGAUCCGGUAUGAGAAUGGCAAUACAAGAAUGUCAAUACCAAUUCAGUAUGAUUAGGUGGAAUUGCAGCACUUUCGACGAUUCACCAUCUAUUUUUGGCGCCGUUUCAAAAAUAAAGAGUAGAGAGACAGCAUUCCUUUAUAGUAUAUCAUCAGCGGGUGUAACUUACUCAGUAACCAGAGCUUGUUCCAGCGGAAAAUUGACAGAAUGCAGUUGUGAUCCGAGGGUGAGGCUUCGAAAACCGAGAAAACAUUGGCAAUGGGGUGGUUGCUCAGAGGAUAUACAUUAUGGAGAAAAAUUCAGCAGAGAGUUCAUAGAUUGCUAUGAAGAUCCAAAUACAGCAGAAGGUUUAAUGAAUUUGCACAACAACGAGGCAGGGAGACGAGUGAGUAGAUCGUUCGAGAGUGAUAAUGCAUAUGCGGUGUGCCAUGUAAAGAGAUACGUCACAGGGCAGCCUUGGUACGACAGAAGCCAUCUCCUCCUAACGGUCAGCCCACGACAGGAAGGCAUGGACUUUGGUGUUGCAGGAUGUCAAAACUCGCCUUCGAAUUGUAGUGCUAAAGUAAUUAGAUCGAGAAUGCAGAAAGUGUGUAAAUGCCACGGAAUGUCCGGAUCCUGUAGUGUUAGAGCAUGCUGGAGAAAGCUUCCACCGUUUAGAAAAAUAGGAGAUGUUUUAACAUCUAGAUUUGAAGGUGCAUCUUCCGUUAGACUGAUUGAAAAGAAAAAGCGGAAGAUUAAAAAGCUAAGGGCCUCAAAAAAAGAACUUAAGCAGCCUAACAAAACUGAAAUGGUGUAUUUGGAAGAAUCGCCGGAUUAUUGUGAAAGAAACGACUCAUUGGGCAUUCUUGGAACACAUGGAAGGGUUUGCAGAAGAGAUAGUUUGGGACUGGACGGAUGCAAAUUACUCUGCUGUGGUCGUGGAUAUCAAACAAGGCUUCGGGAAGUAGAACAGCAGUGUAACUGCCACUUCGUUUGGUGUUGCAAUGUCAUUUGUGAAAUUUGCACUUUUAAAAAAGAAGAACAUAUUUGUAAUUAGCGAUUUUAGAAAAUAAGUAGUAUUUCC